AUGCUUAUAAUAAUUGAUUUUGAUCACCAAUUGUGCUAUUUCUUGGAUUCUCUUCACAAUUUUCCACCAGAUGAAAUCAAAUCUCUCAUUUCUCGUGUCUUUCAACAUUUACGCACAAAUAAUGCAAAAACUAAAGAAGUCGCGUGGAGAAUAGUUAAGUGUCCUCGUCAACCAUUACAAUCAGUACAAUGUGGGUUCUAUGUUAUGAGGAUGAUGAAGGACUUCGUGACAAAUGAUUUUUCAAUGCGAUGGCUAACUAGUAAUUGUGGCGGGAAGAACUAUUACACAAAGGAUGAGAUCAAUGAAGUACGUGAAGAAUGGGCACAAUGCGUCAUGGAUUUGAUGAGUACUACAGAGGUCUACUCACUUUUGUUAACUUAG